UAUACAUACUUAUGUAUUUAUAAACGCUUUUUAUUUUUUUUAUAUUGCUAUAUUUAUUAAGGAAAAGGUUUAGCUGCCUCAAAAUAUAAUAUAAUUAUAUCAAUAUAUUUAAAAUAUUAAUCAAAUGAAUGUGAGGUGGUAUAGUAAUUUAUAUUAAUUGAUAUAGUAUACAAUAAAAAAACCUUCGAAUACAAUUAUGUCUGCCUCAGAAGAAAAGCAUGUUGAACAAACAGUGAUCAAUGACAAUGUGGAUAUCUGUACGAAUAUUGAAAAUAAAUCUCCAGAAAGUAUGAUUGUCGAUAGCAUUCCAAAUGAUAGCGCUAUUCCUGAAGUUAAGGUUAUGGAAACAAAUAUAGAAGCAAAAAUGCAAAAUCAUAUGGAAGUGGAAAUCAAAAAAGAAAUUUUAGAUAUUCCAAACGAUCAAUGCCUGACUGGAGAGAAACAAGAAACAAGUGAUAUUACUCGUAAUACAAGAAGAAAUUUGGGGCCUAACAAAGAAAUUAUUGAAGAACCAGAACAAGGACCGGAUCCACAAGGGUUUUUAUCUGACUUAUACGGAAUUUUUUGUGGUCCACAAUGUAAAGAAGCAAAGGAAGAUAUUGAGUGGUUGGGUCCAUUUAGCACGAACGCUUUAUUUACUGAACAUAAAGAAACUUCUGUGAGAUCAGCAAUUGCAUUUCUAUUAGGCUUUAUACAAGAAAAUUUUACUGGUCCGAGACGUGAGGAAGGUUAUGAAGAACUUAUGGAAAGAAUACCUACCAAUCUUAUAAAACUUGUCCUACGUAGUGAUGGCGAGGAGCUAAAUGUUAAUGUUAGAUAUGUAGAACUCUUCUAUUGUAGUAAAUUGAUAUUUGAUAAUGUUUCUAAAAAUUAUCCUGAAUGUUUAAUUAUAAAAUUGUGGCAAAUGCGCUUAAUUCUAGUACAUCAAAUAUUAUUAGAUGAGUUAGCUAAUUCUUUGUAUGAAGAAUUUAAAACUCUAGCUGAAAUGCUUUUGACUGAAAGGAAUACUUUUAAUAACAAGGAAAUAGAAGUGUUAAUCAGUCUUGAAAUAUCACAAGGAUAUUUACUAUUUCAUAGAGUACAGAAAUGCGAUGAAAUAUUGCAGAAUAUAUGUGAAAAUUACAAAAUUGAUUUGAUUGUGGAAGGUUUGCUUGGUUUAAGAACCAAAUUUCAAGUGAAACCAGUUCCGAUUCUUUGUUUAAAAGUCGAUGGAGCUGAAAAUCUUGAAAUUAGUGGUGAUGAAAUUUCAAAAUCAACAACCAAUUUACCUGUUUUAUUAAAGCAUGAGGAUGAUACUCGUUUAGAAAGAAUAAAAUUUAUCAAUGAAAAAGACAAUGAAGUGAUGCAAAUGCAAAACGCAGUGCAAGCAUUGGUUUUAGCGAAAUUGCAACAUAUAUUAAAAUCUCAACCAAAAGAUCGUUUAGCAUCAGAAGAAAUAGAACCCUAUAUUAAUUCACUUCUAUAUCAGAAGAACGGUCCAUUGUCAAUUCGACUUAAAACGCUUUUGAUAAACAUAGAACAAGAAAAAAAUAGUAAGAGAACUAUUGAUAGGUCUUUAAAGCAAUUAGAAGAUAUUAGUUCCAUCUUGAAAAAUAAAGAACGAUUUUCACUCAAACAGAGAUUUCAAAACUUUUUCUCCUCUAAUCUUCCACCCUUUUGGGAAAUCAGAAAACUUUAUGGGGACGUAAUGGUUACUUUAGGGUUAGUUAAAACAGCUUUAGAUGUGUACAUAGAAAUUCAUGCGUGGGAGGAAGUAAUAAACUGUUACAAUCAGCUGGAAUUAAAGCAUAAAGCUGCAGAAAUAAUUCAGCAAGAAAUAGAAAAACAUCCUACAAUUAAGUUAUACUGCCUUUUAGGAGAUGCCACGGAUGAUCCAAGUUGUUAUGAAAUAGCGUGGGACAUGAGUCAAGGAACAAGUAGUCUGGCGCAAAGGCAUUGGGGAAAUUAUUAUUUUGCUAAAAAAGAUUAUGAAGCUGCCUUACCACAUUUAGAGAAAACAGUAGAAAUCAAUAGCUUGCAAGAAAUACAAUGGCUUAGGUUGGGCUAUGCUGCAAUUACUUUGGAAAAGUGGGAACUAGCUGUAAAAGCUUAUGUAACAUAUACCCAUUUAGAGCCAAAUGGUUUUGAAUCAUGGAAUAAUUUGGCGAAAGCAUUGAUAAAGCUUGGAGAUAAAGUGCGGGCUCAUAAAGUCUUACAAGAGUCACUGAAGUGUAAUUUUGACAAUUGGAAAGUUUGGGAAAAUUUUAUGGCCGUAAGUGUUGACACUGGAAAUUUUGAGGAUGCUAUACGUUCAUAUGAAAGGUUAAGUGAAUUAAAAGAUAAUUUUGUGGACUAUGAAGUUUUAGAAAUAAUUGUAAAAGCAAUUGUCCAAGAUUUACCUGACGUUAAAGGUAAUCCCAGUUCUAGAUUAAAGAAAACUAUCGUCAAAAUAAUUGGACAUCAAUGUAUUAAAUACGCUACAAACUGGAAAUUAUGGAAAUUGGCUGCUGUAUUGUCUGAUAAUGCGUUGAAUAAAGCACAAAAACUGCAAAAAAGUUUUAGAGUUUAUAUAGAUAAUGAAAAGAAUUGGACUUUAAAAAAGGAAUCAAAUAUUGAAGGUGUUAAACUUUGUUUAGAAUUAUGUGAAACAAGUUUAGCUGCGAUUAAAGACCAUAGUGAAAGUGAAAAAUCAAGUAUAAAUUCACAAUUAUCAUCGGCACGGUUAAGUGGACAGUCUUGUUUAACUUUAAUAGAAAAAAGUGAUGAAAAAUUUGCAGAAAAUACCGAAAUGAUUAAAAAAUUACAGGAAUUACACGGUAAAUUGACAGAAGAGUUAAAACAAAGGGUAUAAAAAAAGAUGUUUUUUUAUUUUUUUUUUUAUUCUAAGAAAUGUAUUUUAUAACAAAUGAAGAUGUAUAAAUAGCUAACACUUUAUUUAAGAGGAAAACAUAAAAGAAAAAAAAGAUGAAUAAAUUAUAUCUA